UCACAAGAAUCACCAAAGCGAUCCGAACUACGAAAUCCGAAUGUACAAUUAUACAAAGCUCGAUCUGAGAUCGAUCGUUUGGAGGAGGCUCUUCGCGAAUCGGAACGUAGGCUUGCUCAACAGACUAAGCUGGCAAAGGAUCGCGAAAAUGAAGUUGCCACACUGACGUCGCUAUACACGGAGUCGGACAAACUGUGUGAAAAGGAACGCCAACGUUCACGCGAGUUGAAAAAUGAGGUUCUCAGUAUGAGACAGUUCUUACGUGAGGCUGAAUCCAUGCGCACAGAAACUGUCAAAUUGCGUGCGGAGCUGGAAGAUUUGCAGAACAUUAAAAAGCUAAUUAAUGCUGUAUUACGAAGUGAGCUGACUAGCGCCCGCGAAAAGGCACGUAACUAUCGGAUUGAAUUGUCACGAUUACGCAAACUGCAUGCUGCAGCGGCUCAACGGGCUGCAAGAUCGGAAACUUUAGCGAGCCAACGAACGGAACAAAUACAGGCACUCGAAGAACAGCUGUCAUUAGCGUUAAAUCGGUCGAACUCCACCUCGUGCUUGGAUUAUACGAAGUCCAAACGUAUGGAAUCCGCGCAAUCCUCAAUAUCGACACCGGAUCUAUUUGCCACCCCGGAUCAGCGUCCUUUAAAGGGAAAGCCUGCCUAUCUGNACUCGUUGCCCAUCGACAUCUGA